GAUCCUCAUUGGGCCGGAUCCUGCCUUCAUUCCCCGAGACCAUUGGUUUGUUUCCUUAUCUUCAUGUUCAGUUCCUUUUUUACUUUUUCUUAUUUCCUCCUUCCACAACUUCGCACUCCGUUUCGUCAACCCACAAGAAAGACUCUGCAGGAGCAGAUUUCAAACUACACUCAGUUUCCGGCCCAGGAAUUGUUUCAAACUCAAACGCCAUUUUAAUGACGGACGAGAAGGGAGAGGAAGUAAAAGGAGUAAACGUGAGAACGGGUUAUUGGAAGUCACGGGCCCGAAUAAUCUGGAUGAGAUGGGGCCUGCCUCUCAUCAAGAAGGUUGGCUAGAACCCAUUUGUGGUUUAAUCUGGUCUGAUUAAACCAGUCUCCUGAGACAGUGGGCCCUGUUUCUAACAUGAGUCUCUCCGGGGAGCCAGAGACCAAAGGUGGAACCCUCAGCUCUAACAGAAAGAGCGUCCAGGUAGAAAGAGCAGGGUCACCUGUACCCAGCUCUGUGUCUCUGAAGAGUGAUCAUUCAGUGCAUCCUCCUCUUGUUUUCAGUGGAGAGUUCACAGGUGAUCAAAGGGUCCAGGUAGAGAGAGCAGGGUCACCUGUACCCAGCUGUCUGUCUAUGAAGAGUGAUAAUUCAAUGCAUCCUCCUCUUGUCUUCAGAGGAGAGGUCACAGGUGAUAAAAGGAUCCCGUGGUCACUGGAGUCCAGCUGUUUAGAAGAGAAGAGUACAGAGAAAUUAUCUUCCACAAAACAGUCUCUCCUACGCACUCUGAUGAAGCUGAAGAAGGAUGAAAAGUUGAAGGUGUUUCAGAGCCAUCUGAGUCAGGAUUGCCCAGAAUGCUCUAAGAUUCUGUCUGAAGAUCCUUCUGUACUAGAUAAGUUCAUGAAGAUGAAGGAAUUGUUCAUGGGUCAUCAAAUUGAUGACUACCCAGAAUGCACUGAGAGGGAACAGGAGGAUCCUGAGGCCCUGUACAUAGUUGAGAAGAUGCUGGAGACCUGUGGCAUUGAGAGGUCUCUGAAGAUCACACUCCACAUCCUGAGGAACAUGAAGCAGAAGGAUCUCGCAGACUCACUGAAGCAGCACAAUGAAUCUAUACAAAGAGCCCAGCAGGCACUGAAAACUCAACUGAAGAAGAAGUUUGAAUGCAUAUUUGAAGGUUUAGCAAAGCAGAGCCACCCAACCCUGCUCAAUGAGAUCUAUACAGAGCUCUACAUCACAGAGGGGGGAAGUGGGGGGGUCAAUAAUGAACACGAGAUCAGACAGAUAGAGACAGGAUCCAAAAGACGAACUACACAGGAGACUACAAUCCUCUGCAAUGAUAUCUUUAAAUCUUUACCUGGACAAGAGAAACCCGUCAGAACUGUGCUUACAAAGGGCAUCGCUGGCAUUGGGAAAACUGUCUCUGUGCAGAAGUUUGUUCUGGACUGGGCAGAAGUAAAAGCCAAUCAGGAUGUUGAUUUCAUCUUCACUCUUCCUUUCCGAGAUCUGAAUUUCAAGAAGGAAAGAGCAUUCAGUCUGAUGCAACUUCUGCAGCAUUACUUUCCACAACUGCAAGGGAAAAGUGUUGAAAGUGAUGAAGUCAAAGUUGCGUUUAUCUUUGAUGGUCUGGAUGAAUGUCGACUUCCUCUAAAUUUCCAAAGCAAUGAGACCUGCUGUGAUAUAACAAAGUCAUCACCAGUGGAUGUGCUCCUGACCAACCUCAUUAAGGGGAAUCUGCUUCCCUCUGCUCUCGUCUGGAUCACCUCCCGACCAGCAGCAGCCAAUUGGAUCCCUCCUGAGUGUGUCCAACGAGUGACAGAGAUAAGAGGGUUCAAUGACUCACAGAAGGAGGAGUACUUCAGGAAGAGAAUCAGAGACCAGAACCUGGCCAGCAGAAUUAUCUCACACAUAAAGUCAUCCAGGAGUCUCUACAUCAUGUGUCACAUACCAGUCUUCUGCUGGAUUUCUGCUACUGUUCUGGAGACAAUGUUGGGCAAAGCAGAGAGUGGAAAUCUGCCCAAAACUCUGACUGAAAUGUACACACACUUCCUUCUCAUUCAGUCUAAUGUGAAGAAUCAGAAGUAUGAUGGUACCACUGAGACAAAACCAAAGAAAAUGUCAGAGUCAGAUACAGAAAUAAUCCUGAAACUGGGGCAGCUGGCUUUUCUACAGCUGGAAAAGGGCAAUCUGAUUUUCUAUGAAGAAGACCUGAGAGAGAGUGGCAUUGAUGUCAAUGAAGCUUCAGUGUAUUCUGGGGUGUGCACUGAAAUCUUUAAAGAGGAGUAUGGGUUGGAUCAGGAGAAGGUCUACUGCUUUGUGCAUCUGAGCAUUCAGGAGUAUCUGGCUGCCUUGUUUGUGUUUCAUUCAUGUGUAAAUGAGAACAGAAAUGUACUCAGAGCAGAAGAAUCAAAACCUCACAGUGACAGAGUGCAGCUGUCUGAGUUACACAGGAGUGCAGUGGAUCAGGCCUUAGAGAGUAAGAAUGGGCACCUGGAUCUUUUCCUCCGAUUUCUUCUUGGGCUCUCUCUGGACUCCAUUCAGACUCUCUUAGGAGGACUAUUGACAGGACAGACAGGAAGCAGAUCACUUGUAUCAGACCCUCAGACACAAACAGGAAGCAGAUGGUCUGUACGAGGCCCACAGACACAGACAGGAAGCAGAUCAGAGAGCAUAGAGAAAACCAUCCAGUACAUUAAGAUGAAGAUCAGAGAGGAAUCUUCAGCAGAGAGGACCAUCAAUCUGUUCCACUGUCUGAAUGAACUGAAUGACAACUUCCUAGUGCAGGAAAUCCAGAAUUCCCUGAGAUCAGGAAAACUUUCUGAUAAAGAGCUGCAACCAGACCAAUGUUCAGCUCUGGCCUUUGUGUUACUGAUGUCCGAGGAGAUCCUGGAUGAGUUUGACUUGAAGACCUACAACACAUCAGCAGCAGGCCAUCAGCGACUUCUACCAGUAGUCAAGAACUGCGGGAAGGCCGUACUGAACAGCUGUGGCCUCACAGAGAAGUCCUGUGAUGUUGUGGCCUCAGCUCUCCAGUCACUAAACUCACCCCUGAGCGAUCUGGACCUCAGCUACAAUAACCUGGGAGAUUCAGGAGUGAAGCUGCUCUAUGCUGGACAGAUGAGUCCAAACUGUAAACUACAGAGACUCGGACUGAAUAGCUGUGACCUCACAGAGAAGUCCUGUGAUAUUUUGGCCUCAACUAUCCAGUCACCGAACUCAUCCCUAAGAGAUCUGGACCUCAGCUACAAUAACCUUGGACAUUCAGGAGUGGAGCUGCUCUGUGCUGGACUGAUGAGUCCAAACUGUAAACUACAGAGACUGGGACUGGGCUGGUGUAAUCUCCCAGAGGGCUGCUGUGAUGUUCUGGCCUCAGUCCUGCGUUCUCCUCACUCAGAGCUGAGAGAUCUGGAGCUCAGAGACAACGAGCUGCAGGAUUCAGGAGUGAGGGCGCUCUCUGCUGGACUGGAAGCUGUCAGGCUGUGGAGUCACACAGAGGGGCUGUGA